UUAUCAGCUGGUUAGUUGUCUGCAGGUCGUUAAGUUUCGUUAAAAAAUAAAAGUUCUUAAGACGAAUUCGUUUUUAUAAUCUCGUUUUAAUCAUAACUACGCGUAAGUUGUGAAGUACAUAAUUAAAACUGAAUUUUAUAAAAUGCGUUCAUUUUGCAUAUUCAGUAUUUUUUUAUUACUUAAUUGCAAUGAAUGUACCACCACGAAAGUAAAUCGUGUAAGGGACGAUUUUACUCGAUUUUUGUAUAACAACAGGCUAGAAACAACGGACGCGGAAUACGACUACGAGGCAGAAGGAAGAUCGGAAUUCCGGUCGAAUUUUCUUUCACAUACUGCUAGCAGAGGUGUCGGCACGAGAUAUCUACAUCCCACACCAGCUGAAUACGAAGAAGAAGAAACUUCGAUUUCCUCAACAAUAACAACAACAAUCCCGGAAGCUGACCAGUAUGCUUUGUACGCGUUACUCGAAUAUUUAGAAAAGUAUCCUCCAUAUUCCCAAAUUAAUGUGAUCACAUUUGCAACAGUAGCAUUCUCUGAUGAGGACUUGGUUGGAAAAAUUUUAGAACAAAUACAAAUCAAAAGAUCGCAGGUCAAUUUUCUCAUCCAAGGCGAGUAUCCUUCUGGAAUCGACUACCUCAAAAAAUAUAGUUUGAUUACCUCAGUCGCUAAUGGGAUUACGUGGAGGUCAUUCGAAUUUAAUCGGUUUAAAGAUUGGAAAACUUUCGAGCUGAAUUCCAUUCCACCAAAAGCAAACCUGCUAACAAUUUAUGCCACUGGUAAUGGAACAUAUUGCAUGACAAUAGAUUCACUUUUGAAAACUGAUAUAGAAGAUAUGAUAUUCAGCAGUUUCGAUUCAAACGAGUAUGAGGUAACAUUAUCAAGAAACCCCAAACGGACCACCCUCGUUAAUGUGAGAGGAAAAGGAACGGAAAGCAGAGUACAAACAGUUAUGACUACAGAGGUAUGUGUGGAAGUUCGCAGAAAAUUUCAAAAUUCAGACCCUGCUUCCUUUUACACAUUACGAGGGUUCAGCGAAAGCGACUUCGACUUUGAUUAUGGGUUUUCCAAGGACAACGUGACAUCAUUGAAUGAUACAUAUCUCAGACCAGUCAGAGGAAUACCAAACAAAAUUUACGUGUCAUCGUGCUUCCAAAAUACGUCAAAAGGAUUUGAUCACUUCAAGAUACUCUUUUUAAAUGGUACUUCUUCAGGAGAAAAAAUACCUUUCGAACCGAUACCAGAUACAGAUUUAUUUGUAGGAUCAUUCGAACCGCCAAAUGAGGAAUAUUUUUACAUACAAGUCACAACCUACGCGAAUGGCGAAACAAUCUCACGGAUUUCACAUACUGCAAUGAAUGCUGCGGACGAUUUUGGUCAAUAUUACGAUAUCGGUUUAUACAUAACAAUUGCGCUCAUUUUCCUGGCUUUCAUUUUAGUAAUAGUACUACAGUUCAUUUUGGAUAAUAUUUUCCAGUUGCGUUACCUAUGUCGUAAAUUUUCAAAGCGUGGUAAAAGAGUACCAAAACCAUUCGGAAAAGAAAAAGCUCGUCGUCGAGCAAUGCCAAACGAUUACCAUAAUUAGGCAUGUUCCAAAAGUUUGACAAUAAAAGACUGUAUUAAAUUGAA